AUGUCGCGGGGCGAUGCGGCGGCGGCGAGCAGGCUCGUGCUGGAGGAGCUCCACAGCUGGCCGGAGGAGACGUGCCGUCGGGAGCUGCCUGCGGUGCUGCCCCAGCUCCUCUUUAUGUAUCAGCAUUCUGAAAGUUGGAUUGAACACAUUCGAAUUUUAAAAAUCAUUGUUGAAAUGUUUUUGCCUCAUAUAAACCACCUGACACUGGAACAGUCUUUCUUUUCCCAAGUUUUCCCAAAGACUAUAAAAUUGUUUGAUGGCAUGAUAAGUGAAUUAAUUCGUGAAGCCAGAGAACUCUCAAGCCAAACUUUAGAAAUCCAGGUCAUCCUACGGAAUAUUUUACAAACGAUGGUGCAGCUAUUAGGAGGCCUUGCAGGAUGUGUUCAUCAUGUCUGUGCCACACAGGACUCUGUCGUUUUAGAACAUAUUCAUAGUCUUCCCUCAUCUAUCCUGCAUGUAGUUAAAAGUACAUUUGAACACUGUAAGAAUAGCGAGUCCGUGUACACUGGACGCCUACACCUAGUGUCAGACCUUCUCAAGGUUCUUUUCAAGGAGGCCUAUUCUCUCCAGAAGCAGCUCAUGACACUGCUGGACAUGGUGUACCUGGGCCCUUCAGUAGAUGAGAAUAACAUUUUGAGGAUGGUAGAAGUUAUUCAUGCAUUUUUGGAUAUCUGCUCUGUUAUCUCCAGUUUGGACCAAGCAUUUCAUGCCAAUACUUGGAAGUUUGUAAUUAAGCAGAGCCUCAAACACCAGUUGGUGAUAAGGAACCAGUUGAAACACAAAGAGAUAAUUUCUAGCUUGUGUGGAGACAUUAUUUUUUCCUUUCAUUCUUGUUUGCAGUUAGCUGAACAGAUGGCACAGCCGGCUGUACAGGAUAAUGCUGACUACAGAUUAUUUCAGAAAGCACUCAAAUUGUGUCGUUUCUUUGCUAACUCCCUUUUGCACUAUACUAAGGAAUUUCUUCCUCUCCUGUCUGAUUCUUGCUGUGUUUUGCACCAACUUUAUCUUCAGAUAUACAGCAAGUUUCCUCCAAGCCUGUAUGCUGCCAAGAUUUCCAAAGCACAGCAGGAGGAAAUAGCUGACACUUUCCUUGUGUUACUGGACCCACUCAUCAGUCAACUGCUCAAAUUCCAACCUUUUGUGCAGGCAGUUUUGGCUAGUAAACUUGAUCUGCCCUGUGGACUUCAGCUCCCACAAAUCCUACUUCUGGUUGUUGUCAUGGAUAAGCUGCCCUCUCAGCCUGAGGAUGUACAGACCCUGUGGUGCACAGAAGAUACAGCUAGAAUGUCCCUACUCAAAGCCAUUUUCUACAAUUUUGGGCAGUGUUCUGGUGAACUCUAUUUGCCUGCUCAUUUACAGGGAGUAAAGGGUAAAGGACAAAGUGAGGUGCCUGUCACUGUGUAUCAGCAUGUUUGUGUUCAUCUGUGUGCAUUCGUUGCUUCUUUUCAUCCCUCACUGUUUCCUGAGCUGGAUGCUGCUUUAUUGGAUGCUGUGCUUAGUACUCACGUGAGCACUUCGUUGCUAGCGAUGGACGUGUGGUGCUUCCUUGCUCGAUAUGGGACUGCCGAGCUUGCUGCACACCAUGUCACCUUAGUGGCUCAUCUGAUAAAAUCUUGCCCUGGAGAGUGUAUUCAGCUUAACAACCUAUCAAUACUGUUGAAGCGUCUCUUUUUCUUCAUGGCCCCUCUCCAUCAGGUGGAGUUUGUACAGAGAUUUUCUCCAAAAGAAGCAGACAACUUGCCUCUGUGGCAACAUAUAUCCUUCCAGGCAUUAUCUGCUGAUCUCAGGAAACGAGCUGCAUGUGAAGUGAUCAGAGUAUGCACAGCACAGUGCAGGAAGUGGUUGAGCAGCAGUCAUACUUCGGCAGAACUUGACUCUCUGAACACUGCCCUUGCUGCUUUGCUUACAGCAUGUAGUACUGCUGAAGCUUUGGAUACCAGCCAACUAACUGCAGUUACUGAAGUUGUGAGUCAGCUUUGGACUUUCAUAAACAUUGAACAAGUAAUCAGCCAACCUUAUGUUCAACAGACAUUUAGCUUUUUACUUCAGCUACUGGCAUUCUUCAUCCAAACUGUAGAUCUGCAGCUGAUAAGUCAGGUUGUUAGUGUACUGACACCACUAAUUAAGCUAGAGCCUCCGGACCAUGUCUCCUUAGCAAUACUGGAUUUUAUAGCUUCUCUGGGCAAACUUUUUAUACCUCAAAAUAUCCAGGACAAGGUGCUGCCCAACCUGUCUUGUAUUCUUACUUUACUGAUAGUCAACAGGAAGUGGCUGCUAGAACAACAUGCUUUGGAGGCAUUUACACAGUUUGCUGAGGGAACAAAUCAUGAAGAGAUAGUUCCACAGUGUCUUAGUUCUGAAGAAAUCAAGAACAAAGUUGUAGUUUUUUUGGAGAAGACAGGAAUUGUAGAUGAAACUGAGGCUGCCAGCAUGGACAGUGUCAGACAGGAGAAAGGCACUUUCUGGAAACCCUCUGCUCAGGUGGCUGUAGAAGAAGCAAAGGGGUCAGCUUUACAGCCUUACACAAAGAGAGCCCGGCAGGAGCUCCCUGUGGAAGAAGAGUACAGGUCAGCCUUUCAGGCAGCAGCGGGGGGUUUGGAGACAACUGAGGUGUUACUCACGCACUCCCCUGCUCCAGCCUGGCUACUAGGGGAGCUGGAGGCACUGCGAGAGAGGAUUGAGAAGCUAAAGUGCCGUGUGCAAGAGGGUAAAAUAUGAAUUGUGAAUGUCCUGGCUCGGACAGAACUGGGCUUGAGUCUUCAACUGCCUUGCCUAGAUG